AUGCUGCAGCAGAGGAAGACAGACACCAUUAUCAUCUACCGCCACACACCCCACGCCGGCCAUGACGAGGACACCAGGCAGUGGCCCCGUCUGUCUCCCUGGUUGAUGGACAAGCUGGCGGAGCUCCUGAAGGCCAACUCGAGAUUCUCUACCAAGGACCUGACCCUCGUCAUCCAGGACAUCGUGAGGAGGGAGAUGGGCUGGCCCGAGCGGAAGAAGCUGCAGCCUGCGGUCUUCUUGGACCUCCUGCGCGACUUCCCGGACCGCUCCCGCGACUAUCACGCAAGCUACCAGGACAUAGCAUGA